UGUGCUUUUGGCGCUGGCAGUUGGCAGCACCCGUAGUGGCACCUGGCAACCACUGGCAGAGCCUGUAAUUAUUGCGCUGCCAGCUAAAUGUCACUACAGGGUCGUACCAAAGCGUCGCAAAAGGAGUCGAAAAAACAUUAAAAAUUAAAAAAAAUAGUCAGAAUGAAUGCGUUUCACAGCAAAUUAACACAAUUUAUGAACAGUGCAAAUUUUAUGAAUUUUACCGUAUGAAUUUUACCGCCGAUGCUCACACUACUUAUGCUAUAUGGCCAUCGGGCUUACAGCUUGGCCCCUCCAAAUCAAUGACGCAACAGCCGCUCUCAGCUCCAGCUCCGAGACUAAAAUCACAAAGCAACAGCUAGCUUAGCUCACCAUCUACACUCUCAUUAACGACUCUCUGUUUGCCGCAGCGACCGAAAUAAAAAAAAUGACUACAUAUCUCCAGUCUCUUACGAUCCCUUCCUCGAUCUUCGAGAACCAGGCUGCCUCUGUGCUGCUCCCAGUAGCGCUUGGCGCAGCCGUUGGUUACGGCACUCGACCUACUGAAGUAAAGAAGACAUAUAUGGCUCUAAAGCAGCCUCCCCUGCACCCGCCGAGCUGGGUCUUUGGCCCCGUCUGGACCGUACUCUAUGCUGUUAUGGGCUACAGCGCCCACAGAGUCGCUUCUGCAGGUCUCUCCGCGUUGGCUGCGCCAUCCGUCAUCGAAAACACCAGACACGCCAUGUCGAUCUAUUCGCUGCAGCUCGGAAUCAACCUUAUCUGGAUGCCCCUCUUCUUCGUCGCCAAGCGCCCCGUCGAAGCAUCGGUCGAUAUUGUUACUCUUCUAGGCUUGAACGGCUACCUUGCAUACCUGUACAGCGGUAUUGAUGAGACAGCGGCCUGGCUUCAGGUUCCUUACCUCGGCUGGCUAAGCUUUGCCACCUACCUCUGCGUUGGAGCUGGCCACCUCAACAAGUGGGACUUUAAUGGCAAGGACCUGAAGAGAAGCUAAUGUGAUGAUCACCGAGCCGGGAGACGCUUCUCUUUUCAAGCACGAUAUCAGUCGAAGACUUGUAAUAUUUAAUAUGUAAUACCACCUCCCAAUUGUAGCGUAAUUUGAUCUCUCUAUCCCACCCCAUCUAUAUGACUUGAAAUGCAAAAACAAAAACGCCUCUGAAUGCAUAUGCAGCGCCGCCACCCACCAAAACUUCUUCUAUAUACAAAAUACAACGUGUUAACUAUACCCCUGUAGAUAUCAAUGCAUGGGGAAAUUGUUCUUUAGGCUGUCAAAGACGAUAAAGAUUAGAGCAGAUGCCGGACCAGCACGGAAGCAGGUAAUGCCACAGCCACGGUAGAGACCUUGCACGCCGUGUUGUCUCCAAAUAGACAUGCCUUCAGAGAGAAAGGUGCGGUUCACACCUGGUGGUGGAGGCGGAAGCGUCUGCAUGCGUGACUUGAUUGUAUCGGCAGGGAAGAACAGAAAGUUGUAAGAAAUGCCUGCCGAGGCACCGGCAACGGCCUGCUGCCACAAAGGCAACGGGGUGCCCGCAAGAGCCGCUUUUGCUUCCAACGAUGUGGCUUUCUUGGCUCUCAAGUGCUGAAACAUGGCGGUGACUGUUUCCUUGACACCAAACCAAGCUGAGGAUCCUCCAGAUUCGCGAAUAAGUGUACCCAUUCCGCCGUGCCAAAAUCCACGGAAUCCUUCCAGGCGGAAGAUGUCUCGGAUGACAGGAAGCGGGCGAAGCUUGGGGACAACACCGCUAGCAUCUGCAACGGGUGCUUGGAUACGGCACUUGACCAAUUCAAUAGGAGUCAAUACCAGUGACGUGCAGGCACCGGCAAAGGCACCGGUGGCAAAUAGAGCACCAAGUCCCAGGCCCUUUUCUCGUGAAGAAAUUCCACUCAUGUAUAACAGCUCGCGGCCGACAUUCUCAGAUAUGAAGAGCGAUCCAUUCUCGGCCGCUGCGCCUACAAGCGGCGCACUUAUUCCUCUGUAUAGGCCCGCAAAGCCGUCGGCGCGGA